CUUUGUUACAUACGUACAUAUGUGAGUGUGUACAUAUAUAGGGAGUGAUCUAAUGAUAAAUUGAAGAAAUUAAUCCUUCUCGUAAACCUACUUUGGAUGCAUUUUACAAAAUUACCCAGCUACGCGAUAACGGUUUGUAAAGAGCGCCUACCAUUGUAUUCAUCGCAGAAUGUCCUACUUCUUGGCUGCCACGCGCCGUUCAAUUUGCACGAUUAUCUAGUCCCGGUUGAUACGAUAAAAAGUCAGUACAUGCUUGGGACAGUUUCAAUCACAGCGGAGAGCUGUGAGGACGAUGAUGACGAUGAUGACGACGAUGACAACGACGACGACGAUGACGACAAGGCACGACAUAUGCCUCCGUCCGGUUUUAUCUACGUCCACGCCUGUUGCGCCUGACAAUCCCUCUCUUUAUUAGACCUCUCUCCGUCUUUCUUUCUUUCCCUUUCUUUUCCAUCCUCCAGGCCGCCUCCACAACUUUCACCUGAUCCACCCUCUCCCAUAUCGUUACUUCUUUUCCUAUCUUUUUCCUCUCUCUCUCCACGCUUGGCAGCUUGAUACAUCCCUGCGGACCGUACGAGGGGAAGCUCUCGCACCCUUCCACCCAGCCAGCCAACCUUCUCUACCCAUCGCCGCUCUUCCGCCGAGUUGAGCCGCGCGCGCGACUCAGUUACUGAGGUAGUGGCGACUACACACCAUACACCAGCAGGCAGCACCCAGUCAGCACCGGCUUAUCAGUUGACGGAUAUCGUGGCGGCAGCUCGCCACGGGGGUUCCCCGGCGGACCGGCGCGAUUUUGCGCGAUUGCCUAGUGUGUUGCUCAUCGACGACGCUGGAACUCAGGGGAGAGCGUGCACUAAUUAACGGUGACGGUUAAUUGACGGAGAGUACGAUCCGCCAAGAGCAAUUGACCGUGCGCCGACCAGUUGCAGCCUGUUGCAAGCGCCUGCUUCUGACAGGAACCCGCUAAGUGCUACUUCAAUUUACUUGGGGAAAGGACAAAGUUUUCAUGCGGCUUCCAGCUACUACGGUAUUUUUCUACAAAUGAUAUCUAUCAGAUUAAAGACAGACUGAAAUUCCGCGCAAAACAAUUAAAAUAAACGAUACGUUACAAAUAAAAUAACUCAGUGAAAUGGAUGAACCAAUAACACGAAGUGGCAGGUGGGUUUGUCCGAACGAUCGACAUUUGGCGUUGCGAGCAAAAUUACGAACAGGAUGGUCCGUGAAAACAGGAUCUUUCGAAUCCCAUGGAUGGGGAGAGUAUCCAAAUUCUUAUAUAAGCGGUUCCAAUCGUUGCGGACAAUCUUGUUUGCUCACGGAAGAUGAACGACAAAGCAUUAUUCAGGUGAUACAGAGAGCCGAGGCUCUGGAUCUAUCGGAGCAAGAGCGAGUCGGUAGACUCGUUGAGAGACUGGAGAACAUGAAACGGAAUGUUUGCAUCGUGACGUCGACUAGGUCGAACGAGAGGCGCGGUUGUGGAAGUCGAUGCUCAGGUGGAGGUGCCCGUUGCGUCUGUUCGUGCGCUCUCUGCGGCGAAAAAUUCGGCGCAGUGCUAGGGGCGAGUGCGAACUUCUGCAAGGACUGUCGCAGGUACAUCUGUCAGAAGUGCGGCAUCGAGGCCACGAGGCUUAAUCUGCCGAAGGGAAACGGCGACAAAAAUGACACGACCGCUUCGUCGCGCAGCUCGUUGCGUCUCAUGAGAAUCGCUCAGGAGCGAAUGGCCGUGCAAAGAAUCGUUCAAAGAUCCCAUGGCAACGCGCAGAAGCAGUUUCUCUGCCGGAUUUGCGCCGAGACCAGGGAAAUGUGGAAAAAGAGCGGUGCUUGGUUCUUCAAAGGCAUGCCAAAGUACAUUCUACCAGAGAAGAAGGAGCGUGGGUGGUCUCGACCUAGUCACAGAACGUCGACGUGGACGAUAAGCAGAUCUUUGGAUUCAACCGACGCUCAGGAUUCCUCGUCCGACGACGACGCGAUGCGACGACUCGCGGUAAAUCGCGGUCUUUCUAUCUCGCCAACGAAUCCAUCGAGCACGAAUCGUGAAAGCACCCCCACCAAACUGACGGUUUCCAGUCCCGCGAGCAGUACCCCAUCGCCGAAAAGUCCUCGAGGGAGGCCGAACGGUCUGUCACCUUCGGGAUAUCGCGAGGACGCCGGUUCCGACAGACUGGACAAGUCCUGUCUGUCGAUCGCCUCGCAAUGCAGUCGACUUUCGCCCACGGGUUCAAUCGGCACCCCACGAUCAAGGACGAGCGGCAGGAGCCCAAGCGGCAAGAGUCCGAGCGGUCUGCAGACGGAACAACGCGUGUCCUUCGAGGACAUGUUCGUGGACGACGAGAAGGCCAACGAAGCCGACGACGAUGAGGAAGAGGAUAGUGAGAACUCGAGCACUCCCAAGGACGUCUCCACCACCCUGGAUCGAUCGAAGGCCACUCAGGUACAAUCUCUCAGACUGAAGACGCCGACGAUAACGACGUCGCCGGUGACGAUGACGCCGACCACGCCGGUCAAACGGUUUCAGACUAUGGGCAAGAUCCUCGAGAGAAAUACGGAACGGGACGCGAACAAAUCCUGCUCGGAUCAGGACAGCUCUUCCAGCGGGACUCGCAGCAACAGCCAAGUCAGGGCGCCAAGAACUCCGGAAUAUCCAAAAGAAACGGGACAAGAUUAUGGGACUCUCGAAGUCUCCUUGCGAUACGACCCGGCCGAUCAGUGCCUCCAGUGCAAGGUGGAACGUGCGCGUCGCCUAAUACCUAUGGACAUCCAAGGCCACGCCGAUCCCUUUUGCAAACUGAAUAUAUUGCCCGUGGGGAAGAUAGCGACAUGCAGCCGAUUGCGAACAAAAACUGUACACAAGACGCGCGACCCCGAAUUCAACGAGACGGUGAAUUUCUACGGGAUGACAGAAACCGAUAUCUCAAGUGGCAAGGCAUUGCACAUUUUAAUCAUCCAGGACGACCCAUCGGGCCAAGACUUCCUGGGAGAGGCGAAAUUUCCUCUACACGAAUUACAACCAUAUCAAACGAAACAUUACAAAGUUCCUCUGCAGGCUCAUUAUCCGGUAGACAACGAAGAGGAAAUUUGGGGCAUGUGUUCAAGCGGACGGGGGCAGAUACAGAUAAGCCUGAGCUAUUGUACGCGUCGGCGUGCACUGCUGGUCACAAUACACCGCGCUAUGAAUCUCCUGCCCAUGGACAACAACGGGUUUUCUGACCCAUUCGUCAAGUUGGCCCUCGUCGAGGAUGCGACCGACAAUCAUCGGCAGCAACGGUUCCUAGAUUACUCAUCGACCGCUCGCGCUACUGCCAGGAAGCUAAAAAAGACGGCCGGCCGCAACUCCCAGAGCACGAGCAUCAAACGCAAGACCCUGAACCCAGAAUGGAACGAAGAGUUCGUUUUCGCGACUCGCUUGACGGAGCUGAUGAAGCUGACGCUAUGUCUCUCCGUAUGGGACAAGGAUUUCGGCAAGAGUAACGAUUACUUGGGCGGCCUCAUGUUAGGUUGCGGUAGCAAAGGAGCGCGUUUGCGGCACUGGAUUGACGCGAUCAAGUUUCCGGAUCAUCGUCAUCUGGCGUGGCACAACCUGGCGGAAAUAGACGUACCUAUGGAAUAAUAGCUUUGUCUCGGCGAACGAGAAUAGGAGGUCAAGAUUGAACACAGGCGAAACAUGCGGGCUUUAUCGACACGUUAUACACGCACAUAUACAUGCAUACGAAAUGAUAUAUUUGGCGCGAAUUACCGAUUUGGUGCGUGAUUUAUCGUUGCUCAAAAAAAAAUCAAGUAUUAUAAAGCAAAAACAAAAGGUUGAUACGCGAUAAAAUAAAGAGAAGUUGACAAG